AUGCGUGCCAACAUCGCAAUGGCCAGGGGCUCGAAAGCCGUCAGAAAAGAUCCAGCAUGCGGAACCUGUAGAAAGAAGUGCCGCAAGUGUGACCGCGCGCGCCCUGUCUGCAAUCGAUGCAAGUCAAAGGGCUUACACUGUGAGGGCUACCCUCCUCGAUUCCAAUUCUGUGAAUCAUUACAGACGCACAGUUUGAUGACCGCUGGCGAUGAGCGGGACCCAGAAGCGGAGCAAGAGCGCGUUCAGCCUGAUGUCCUACCCACCAACGAGCUUACUCCGGCCCAAAACCUGAGCUCACCAACAUCGACUCCAAGUUCACUUUCUUCAGAUCACCCAAGCCAAAGCCGCCGCCGCCUCCUCCAGACUUUGUCACAAGGUGCUUCUCCAGCCUCGCCCCAAGAUCGAUCUCUUGGCGCACCGUCACCGGCGACAAUCACCGGGCACCCUGUCGACGAUCUACUGCUCACGAGUAACAGCCAGAAAUUGCUUGUUUACUUCGACAGAGAGCUGAGCCAUCAUCUAACAAUUGUCGUUGAAGGCGUGGACAACCCGUUCCGCGUACAUGUCCUCCCACUGGCCUACAAUCACACAGGUGUUCUCCAUGCAGUCCUGGGACUUACCGCGUGCCAUCUGCACCUAUCACCAUCAGGUGCUAAUCAGGUUGACAUGGCCACUGCCUUACAACACCGUGUUGCUGCAUUGAACGGUCUAAGCUCCCUUUUAAUCAAGGAAGAAAUCUACGGACUUACAGAAGCUGAAGAAGAGGCUGCACUAGCAAUAAUAUUCCUUUUGGUACUUCAUGAUAUAUGCGAGCUGGGAAUAUCUGCCCAUGCUGUUCAUUUGAAUGGCGUGUCAUUCCUCUGUGGAAGAAUUGCAUCUCCUUUAGGAAGGGCAGAGCGGUCUGCAGCAACCAUCUUCUUUUUGUCUGCUUUAUCAUGGUUGGAUGUCUUAAGAGGAUUCAGUGGUGCUGAGAAGCUCACCUACUCCGAGAAUGUCCGGAAAUGUGUUGCAAACAUUACUACUCCACACGCAGCCCUGCACACUUUGGUUGGUUGUCCCGCAGUCAUGUUCCUCAGAAUCGGGGACGUAAUAGCAGCAGCCAAGCAGAAUAUGCAGGGAUUGUUAUCUACCGUCGACUUUCAGACCAGAUUAGAUGAGGCAGAAAGCUUUCUUCGCGACCUCGAUCUCGACAUGAUCGAAUAUCCCACACCACAUCCGGAGUGGAGACAGCUCGCGGAGGCCUUUAGACAUGCUAGUCUGCUGAGAAUCUUACGAUGGCCUGAUACGUUUGUAAUUCCCUGCGAAGACCCUAGGAUCAGGCCAUCGGUAUCAGCAAUCCUGGAUUGCUGUGCAAACGUUUCAAUGGACUCGCCAUUCUUCAAGCGGCUGUUGUUCCCUCUAUUUCUGGCGGCAACCGAGACAUCUGAAAGACACCAGAUACACUACGCCAGUCUUUGUAUCGAAAAUAUUCGACGCUCCACGGGGUUUCAACAUGCAGCCAUGAUGGAAGUCCUUGAAGGGGUUUGGGAGGAAAGAAGACUAAAAACCCGGGGCUGGACGAAUGUUCCCUGGAUGGAAUUUACCUGCUCUGAGAGUAUGCAGCAGCAACACGCUUACCUUUUCUUUUGA